GUGAUUUCGAAGUUAUGAAUACAGAAGACAUGUGUCCUUUUAAUAAAUACUUAUGCACAGAAAACCACUGAGUGAAUUUCACCACCUUUUGAGGAUUUAAAAUUCUGAUGUUGAUGAGGUUCGAGUACCAACAGAAACGAUUGCAAAUUAUGGUAACGCUAUUACCCUGACCAAGCAGCUCAUUACCCUGACCAAGCAGCUCAACAGUUUUGUCGAAAGUAAGGGAAAUACAGAGCCUUUGGAGCUUGCUUCUAAAUUACAAAUACGAUUUCAAGAUGCUAUUUAAGUGACUUAGUGAAUUUUUAUUUCAUUGUGUUACUACAUAUACCUAUGUAUGUACAUUGUACAUACAGUAUUAUUAUGUGGGUAAUUGUCAAUUUCGCACAGCUUGAACAGGUUAUCCUGCUGGUUGAUCGGUUGAUCGGGGAGAAGGGUACCGGAGGUUCCGGUGGUUUCGGUCGGCUGCCAGCGUAGAAGAGGUUGCGUGUUUUUAUUGUGCAUCCACUUUGUUACCCACCUGUUUACUGCACCGCAUGUAGAAGACUUUCAAAUAGAUGCUCUGAUCUCUGAUAUAAGACCUAGAUCAUAUUACGCCUACAGGUUAUCAGAAUUGAAGCGCGAUAUGGUUGUCUUAGUAAAUUAUAAUAUUGGAAACCCUUUGGCUUUAGGAAAUUGGUAUGACUUCAUUAUUGAAGAAGUAUCACGAACGGCAAACAUUAGAGGUACCGUUUUACUUGGAGGUGACAGAAAGCCAAUUGCAGGUUGCUAUGUAAGGAUAGAACAUGGUAUCAUGAGGAUUGAAAAAACUGUAAAAUUGCGUGAAAGAUCUACUGAAAAUAUCACCCAUCUACCAAGUAGGUUUAUUUUCACACAGACAGAGAAAUAUUUAAGAGAAUAA